AGCUACGCUACCUUACUUACUACUGCACUCCUGUUACUCGGACAGGAGUAACCAUAUGCAACCUUCACAAUUUCGUCGAGCCUGCUGCUGCUGUCAAUCUCUUCUUCCAUUACCCUAUUUCAAUAACUCGAGAGGACUUGGAACUAACCAUAAACCAUCCAGGACAUAUCUAUUUAUUCACCGCUUCUUCAUUGUUGAUCUGCACUGAACUCGCCUUAGCUCAUACAGCUAUUUCCAGACCUGUACACGAUCUGGACUCAGGCUAUUCGACCAGGUAGCGGCCGAGAGAAUGACGGGACUGGAGCUGCAGGGUGUGCAGGCAGCGCUGCAUUAUAUCUACCCCCUUGUGGUGUUCCUAUACUUUGCCAUCACCUCAGCCGUUGCUAUAUGCACACUACAAACCUCGGACUCGAAGAAGUCAACCCACGUUCGGCGCAAGGUUAUAUAUUACCUUCUUUGUUUCUUCAUCAGUACCUUCGUUCUUCAAUUUAUUGUCAAGAUAAUUGAGAUUAUCGUAUGGGGACGAUGGCCAUCCCAGGACACAGUUAUCGGGUUACUAUCCUGUAUUCUGAUCUUUGGAAUCCAGCAGAAUAGUCUCGGGGACGGUUCCGAUACCGUCUGGUACCCUUUCUUUGGAUCGUGGCUUAUCGCGUUCCCAUUUGAGCUUUUAAAUGCUGCGCUCCUAUUUAUCGCAGCAUCUGAGCCGAUAGUAACGACCCCAAAAACUAGUAACAACUCAGCAACAUUUCUCCGACUGGACGCCUCCAUCGUUAUCGCUCGCAGCGUUCUUGCCUUAGCCGCUAUUUUAGCAUAUUUUGUUUGGCGAGAAGAUGGGGUCGAUGAAGAUGAUGACGAGGAGCGAGCCCCUCUGCUUCCCAAACCGGGUCAACGAGCGAAUGGUGUCGACACAUCUACGGAUAGCGGCUAUGGGACCAACUCGGAGGGUACAAAUACAGAAGCGACUAACACAGAAGCAGCUAACUCUCCCAGAGACGUGGAAUCGCCAUGGGAACGUCAGCAGCGCAUUUCCCGCGAGAAAAUUGAGAAGCGUUUGAAGAAUGAGGGUAGCUGGAUUGCGUACGCCAAGGGAUUUCUCAUCUUCUUUCCGUACAUUUGGCCUGUCAAGAAUCGCCGUCUCCAACUCUACGCUGCUCUCGUGGGACUCUGCCUGUUGGCUGGAAAUGUGCUCAAUUUCCUGAUUCCUCGGCAGUAUGGUGCCGUGAUGGAUUCUUUGAGUGGAGUUUCCAAAAGUAACCCUUGGGUUCAGGUCGCAAUCUUUGCUGCACUUCGACUUUUAGCCUCCGAGGCUGGCAUUAACCUCUUGAGGCAGAUGUUGUGGUUGCCUAUCGAGUACUACUCCGAGGAGGCCCUCACAGCAGCCGCGUAUUCUCACAUUAUGAACUUGUCCUCCGAGUUCCAUGAUUCUAAGAGCUCAUCGGAUCUAAUAGUGGCUAUUUCGAAUGGUACCUCCAUUUCGAAUAUGCUAGACUCGAUAUGUUUCCAAGCAUUGCCGAUGUUGAUUGAUUUGAUCAUUGCAUUCACGUACCUGUCGACAAAAUUCGGGCCAUACGAAGGGUUCAUUACCAUCGCAACUGGUACUGCGUUCAUCCAAGCUGCCACUCGCAUUAUUGCAAGCUUCAAGGAGAAGCGAAAGAUGAUGGUUAGGACGUAUUUCGAGGAGCAUUAUAUCCGCCAGGCCGGCAUCCAAGGUUGGCAAACAGUCAGUGCAUUCAACCAAAUUCCGUACGAAGAAAGACGAUAUGGCGUGGCAGUCAAUUCUCGCGUCUCAUCGGCGAAGUCUCUGUAUUAUAGCUACCUCGUUGGACACGCUUUUCAGUACUUAAUUCUUCUUGCGGGAUUACUGGCCGGUGCGUUCUUAGCUGUAUAUCAAAUUACUAAUGGCCAGGCUACUGCUGGCGACUUUGUCAUGCUCUUGACAUAUUGGGGUCAGCUCACAUCGCCUCUACGCUUUUUCUCUCAGCUCGGAAAGAACAUCAGCCAGGAUCUGGUGCAUGCCGAAAGGCUUCUUGACGUAAUGACGACAAAGCCAACCGUAGUUGAGAAGCCCGAUGCCAAACCCCUGAAGCUCAAGGGUGGUAAAGUUGAGUUCCGGAACGUCAGUUUCAGCUACGACAAGAAGAAGGACAUCUUGAAGAGCGUGAAAGUGUCCGUUCCAUCUGGUACCACUGUGGCAUUUGUUGGCGCCACCGGGGCUGGAAAGUCAACUAUAUUGAAGCUACUUGAUCGUUUUUACGACGUAACAGGUGGCUCUAUCCAAAUUGAUGGUCAGGAUAUUCGAGAUGUAACCAUCUCAAGUCUGCGACAGUCCAUUGGUAUUGUCCCGCAAUCACCGAUCCUUUUUGACGAUACUGUGAUCAACAAUAUCAGAUACGCUCGGUUAACAGCUACAGACGAAGAGGUUUAUAGCGCCUGUAAAGCAGCAGCAAUCCAUGACCAUAUAAUGGGCUUUACGGAGGGCUAUAAGACUCGCGUUGGUGAGCGUGGAGUAAAACUAUCUGGCGGUGAACUGCAGCGAAUUGCGAUUGCACGUGCUAUUCUUAAACAACCUGAAAUAGUGCUCCUUGAUGAAGCAACUAGCUCCGUCGAUACUGAUACGGAGCAGAAAAUCCAAGACGGUCUUCGCGCUCUAUGUCAAGGCCGUACUACAUUUAUCGUAGCGCACCGUCUUUCAACUGUUAUGAAUGCUGAUACUAUCUUCGUCGUUGCGAAUGGGGAGAUAGCUGAACAGGGAAAUCAUGAAGAGUUGAUUUCCAAGAAGGGUAAAUAUGCCGAGCUUUGGUCCAAGCAGAUCUUCCUUAAGCCUAAAGAAUCAAAGGAGGACAAGCAAAAUGAAGAAGCCACUAGCGAUAGUGUAAUUUCCUUAGGCGCUAUACAGACAGAUGGGUCUGUCGACGAGCCGGCAAAUGCUGUCGACGCCUCGAACGGUACCCAGGCACCGCGACCAGUAUCUACGGUCGAGAAUUCUCCUGUGGCAGGGAAGACUAACGGACAGGUUGUGAAAACUCCUAAUGGGCAUAAAAAAGAGGGUUCAAGGCUGAAUCCUGGUGCUCCGGAGUUCACACCUCGUUCUGCAGCAGAGCUACAUUUAAAUAAUACAUCCCCUAUGCGAAAUAGCUGGGCCGAGGACGUCGAAGAAGAAGCUGGACCAUCUGUUAGCGCGCCACCUGUGGAUUCCGAUUCCUGUUCUGUAUCUACCGCUGUAAAGACUUCCGAGACGAUUAUCCAAAGCAAAACUGAUGAUGCCGUUUCGCCUCUCAUACCUCCUGAGUCCGCCGCGCAACCAACGGUAUUUGACGCACCUAACCCGAAGCCUCGCCGAAACACCCUUCAAUCUGUAUCUUGUCCCGAACCAUCGCCACUUUGUUUUUCGGACAGCCCGACUCGCUCCGUUAGCCAACCCAUGCCCACGCCUACAAAACCCUCUCGACGAGAGGGUAAGACACCACGGGAGCAACAGAAACCCUCGCCAUCCUCUCCCGAAGUUAAAUCAUCUGCUCAAGGUCAUAGCAAGGGCAGAGGUGCCUACCGAGGCCGAGCCCGCGGUCGCUAUCGCGCUGGGAGGGGUCGAAAACGAGGUCCAACUAGCCCUAAGUUAAGUCACAAGGAGAAUGCGGGACUCUCGCAAAAACGUGGAGGCUCUGUCUCCCGUGCAAAGUAACCCGGCGUUUCGAAUUGUGCUUUCCAAUGAUGCAUUGUUUCUAUUCCAUCUCUCCUUGAUUGCGAAUAUGUAUCCCAUUUUCCUGCGCGCAUUUUUACGUUUCUGGUUGUACAUACUUAUUCUUAUG